AUGGCCUCACAAUCGCCUUCAACGCGUCCUGUCCUUGCUUCUCUUGGCACUCUCUUGGUUGACUGCUUCUCUUGGACCGAUCCCUCUACUUUGAAGCCACUUCCGGACAAACCACCGAUCCAAAGGUUAGGUGGAGGAGGUUUAUACGCGUUGGUCGGUGCUAGAAUAUGGUUAGGUCCAGAAGCGCUCCGAAUACUUGUCGACGGUGGGACCGACAGUCACGCUGAUGGAGAGAAAUCAUUGAGGGAUGACGAGGGAAAAAGUGAGGGGGAUGGGUUUCCAACAGAGCUGAAGAUACAGUUGGACGAGUUGGGUGAGUAUAUGUGGGUGUGGAAGAAGGGAAGAACGCUGAAAGCGAGCAUUGAAUAUUGUGGGGACGAGAGAACUUUCACGUAUCUUUCCAUACCUCCUAUCCGUCGAGCAUCAGACCUCCUAUCCACAGCCCUCUAUGGUGCAGAGUACGUGCACGUCGUAGCAUCGCCUUCCGACUGUCUUCAACUAGUCGAUGACCUUGAGCAGUUGCAAAUCGAGAGUGGCGCAGCACCGAGUGAAAUAUGGAGACCAAAGAUUGUCUACGAGCCACACCCAAAGAAUUGUCGAGGGGAAGAGUUAGGCGCGUUGAGAGAGGUUCUCAGUAAGGUACAUGUGUUGAGCCCGAACCACGAAGAACUCGCCGCUUUCCUUUCUGAUUCUAUACAGGUCUCUGCAUCACCCAACUCGUCAACAACUACACUCAGCAAAAAAAUCGAAUCACACAUCCGUUCACUCAUGCCUUCAAGAGGCAUCGGUCCAGACGGAAACGGUGCCAUCGUUGUACGCUCAGGCGCUAUGGGUGCUUGUGUCGGGAGGCGGAAACAUCGAAAUGUGGCGGGUAAUGACGAGCAGUACUCAUCAGAGGAGGGACUAGAAAUUGAUUGGGUACCAGCGUAUUGGACGCAAGAAGAGAAGGGAGAAGUCAGGGAUGUCACAGGUGCUGGGAACUCAUUCUUGGGCGGCCUAGUAGCUGGCCUCCAUUUCACAAAAGACGAUGCGCGCGAAGCUACGUUAUACGCAUCCGUCUCGGCCUCAUACGUCGUGCAGCAGUUCGGGCUACCUAUUCUCAGUUCAGGAACACAGGAAGAUGGUGGUGAACACGGUGAUGUGAGGGUGAAGAACGAGGUUUGGAAUAGAGAAUCGCCAUGGAUGCGUCUGGAGAGGUUGAAGGCACGCAUGAUGGACAUCUCAUAG